AUGGCAACUCUUGUUCCUGCAACCCUCUUCCUUCUUCUCUGGACCCUGCCAGGGAAGGUCCUCCUCAGUGUGGCUUUGGCAAAAGAGGAUGUCAAAUCUGGGCCCAAAGGGUCCCAGCUCAUGUCCCCUUCUGAUUUCUUGGAUAAGCUGAUGGGACGAACAUCUGGAUAUGAUGCCAGGAUUAGGCCCAAUUUCAAAGGCCCACCUGUGAAUGUGACCUGCAACAUCUUCAUCAACAGUUUUGGCUCCGUCACUGAAACCACCAUGGACUACCGGGUAAAUGUCUUCUUACGGCAACAGUGGAAUGACCCACGUCUGGCCUACCGAGAAUAUCCUGAUGACUCUCUGGACUUAGACCCCUCCAUGCUGGACUCUAUCUGGAAGCCAGACCUCUUCUUUGCCAAUGAGAAAGGGGCCAACUUCCAUGAGGUGACCACAGACAACAAGUUACUACGCAUCUUCAAGAAUGGGAAUGUGCUCUACAGCAUCAGACUGACCCUCAUUUUGUCCUGCCCAAUGGACCUCAAGAACUUCCCAAUGGACAUCCAGACCUGCACAAUGCAGCUGGAAAGCUUUGGCUACACGAUGAAUGACCUCGUAUUUGAGUGGCUAGAAGAUGCUCCUGCUGUCCAAGUGGCUGACGGGUUGACUCUUCCCCAAUUUAUCUUGCGGGACGAGAAGGAUCUAGGUUAUUGUACCAAGCACUACAACACAGGAAAAUUCACCUGCAUAGAAGUGAAGUUUCACCUGGAGCGGCAGAUGGGCUACUAUCUGAUUCAGAUGUACAUUCCCAGCCUACUCAUUGUCAUCCUGUCCUGGGUCUCCUUCUGGAUCAACAUGGAUGCUGCCCCUGCCCGUGUAGGCCUCGGCAUCACCACUGUCCUCACCAUGACAACCCAGAGCUCUGGAUCGAGGGCCUCUUUGCCCAAGGUAUCCUAUGUGAAGGCAAUUGACAUCUGGAUGGCUGUAUGCCUACUCUUUGUAUUCGCUGCUCUGCUUGAGUAUGCUGCCGUCAAUUUUGUCUCUCGUCAGCACAAGGAAUUUAUGAGACUUCGUAGAAGGCAGAGACGGCAACGCAUGGAAGAAGACAUCAUACGAGAAAGCCGCUUCUAUUUUCGUGGCUAUGGCCUCGGACACUGCCUACAAGCAAGGGAUGGAGGUCCAAUGGAAGGUUCCAGAAUUUAUAGUCCCCAACCUGCAGCCCCUCUUCAAAAGGAGGGAGAAACCAUGAGGAAACUCUAUGUGGACCGAGCCAAGAGAAUCGACACCAUCUCCAGGGCUGUCUUUCCCUUUACUUUUCUUAUCUUCAAUAUCUUCUAUUGGGUUGUCUAUAAAGUUCUAAGGUCGGAAGACAUCCACCAGGCACUGUGAACAGGGUGGGGGCUAUAGUAUACAGCUGCUGGCUUCCUGCUUUCACCCGGGUGGGCUUUUCCCUUCCAUCAAACUCUAUCGGGAGCUUCAACAGUUUCUUCUUGACUUCCCCCUCAUAACUUCAACCACCAGUUCCCAAGUUAUACUAGAACUGCCUAGUGUCAACGGUGGCUAUACUACAAACACGGCUUAUCUACUCAAUCCAGAUUUCCUGCUUACUCUGCAUUUCUCAUUGUUUGUCCAUGUGCCUGAUGCCAGAGUGACUGUCUGUCAUUGCUGGAGAUCCUCUGUGAAGAAUAUUUAGACUACUGGACUCUGGGUUUGCUCAUCUUUAUCUUUCCUACUCCCAUCCAGAGCCUGCCCUUUAUUUGGCACUUCUCUCCCUCCCACUGCAAGCUCAAAUAUGGAGUCCUUUUAGUCCAUAAGUACUGCUCUGAAUGACCUAGUCAGAGGCCCUUACUGAGAGAGAGACAAAAGCACGUGUUCCCACCACUUAACAAGGAUGUGGCACUCACCGGCUGCUCUGGGCUAGGGGACUGGUCCAGCAGAAAGGUUCACUUCUAGAAAAGCUACCAUUUUUAGAACUGGGGCAAAAACCUAGGACUCUCAGAAAGUUUACCCUUCCAGAUCUAACUAAACUUCCUUGUCCCAGAAGUAUUUUCUCUAGUCCUUAAUUAGGGUAGCCACAGACUUUGUUAUGCUGCUGGGUAGGAAAAAGGUGUGUGUGGGGGGCUUAUUCUUUAAGAAAUGCAUUUGAUGAUCUAGACGAGGGAGAUGAAAGGUACUAAAACCUAGGAAGAGUGGAGUUCAGAAGCAAAAUUUAGAGAGA